CACAGCGCUGUGUGUCGUUGACGGCGUUGCGUGCUGCCAAUCGCAUCGACGGCGCCAAACGCCAACGAGGCAGCCCGCAUAAACUCACGACCGCACGACCAUGCCCAAGAAGGGCAAGAAGGGCAAGAAGGAGGACCCCGAGGUCGUCGCCGCGCGCCUGGCCCAGGAGCAGGCCGAGGCCGAGGCACGACGGCGCCAUGACCAAGAAGUGGCGGACAAGGCGGCCUGGGUGCAGGAGCAGGAGGACGACUUCGCCAGGCGGGAGGCCGAGCUCGAGAAGCUCGAGGCGGACAUGAGGGCGAAGAUCGAGGGCCUCGACGCCGAAGUUUUGUUAAGAGCUAGAAGCAGCAUCGCGGCGGCGGAGGCGCGCGAGGCCGCCACCGAAAGUCGCGCUGUUGAAAGGGAAGAAAAAGCGUCGCAGAAGAUCAUGUCUUUCCGUGAUGAUGAGGCGCGGUUGCGGCUCAAGGAGGUCAAAGUGGCCGCGCGGGAACGGGCCCUCGAAGGGUCGGUCAAGGGCGUCGCGAAGCACCUCGAGGUGACGAUCGCGUCGAAGUGUUCCUUCGGCAAGGGCCAGGGCAUUUUGGACGCCCAGCACGCCGAGGUCGCGGCUUGUUUACGGGGUCUAGAGCAACAGAAGCGGGACUGGGAGCAUGAAGAACAAAACAUGGAGGCGACGUUACAGCGGAAAGAGCAGGAAGCUAGGGAGCGGGUCCAGGCGUUGGAGGACCGACUCGUGCAGAGGGACUUCGAGGUGCAACGAAGGAUGGCGCUUUCUGUGAAGGAGGUGGAAGCUCUAGUUGCGAAGGAAAGAGAAAAGGCCGUCCAGAGGCAGCAGGAAUUGGAUGAGAGAGAAGCUUUAUUGGAUAAGCGGGACAAGGAGGUCAACCGAUUGUUGCGGGAGGUCCAAGCGUACGAAAAACAACACCAAGGCGACGGAAGGCCGUCGACGGCCUCGAUCCGCAUUCCCGAGAAGAUCGCAUCGAGGAAGGACCCGAGCGUGCCCGAGCUCACUUCUUUGUUAAGUGGUAUCCAGCGAAUCGACGUCGGCGACGCCGGCACGGAUCCUCGGGAAGAACGCCAGGCCGUCGCCGAGGCUCUGAAAGACGUGCAGAUCGCGUCGCGACAUGUGACCGCGGCGGAGGAGCUCGCCGCGCGGCCGCCGCCCCCGACGCCGCCGUCGUCGUCCUCGUCCUCGUCGUCGUCGUCGUCGUCCUCGCGGAGCUUGGAGGACCCGCCCUUCGCCGACGAGCCGCUGGCGUCGCCCUGCCCCUCGGAAGCCGAGGCGCCGGGCGUCGUGCGGAGCCCCGUCAAGCGGCUCGCCGAGGCGCCCGUUUCUGCGCCGCUCGGGGCGCCGGCGCCGGCACCGGCGCCCGUCGAGGCGCCUGCGCCUGCCGUUAGUGAGGCGCCGGCGCCUGCUGCGACCGAGGCGCCGGCACCCGCGCCGCCAUCGCUGGGGGGGCACUUGUAG